AGGAAGAAAGUCGAGAGAGGGAAAGAGAAGAAUCACAUAAAGAGACGGUUUUGAAUCUCUCAAACACACUUGAUUGCAUCAUUCAUUCUCCGACCUUUGCAAUGACAAUGGCUGGAACAUCAUGGUUGGUGGACAAAAGUAGAAUUGCAACCAAAAUAAUGAGUGCUUCCGGCUCAUGUGGAAAAGUUAUAUGGAAAAGCAAUCCCGCGAGAGCUUGCCCAAAUUGUGAACAUGUUAUUGACAACAGUGAUGUAGCACAGGAGUGGCCUGGACUACCUAAAGGCGUUAAAUUUGAUCCAUCUGAUCAAGAGAUAAUAUGGCACUUGCUUGCAAAAGUUGGUGCAGGAAACUCAAGACCGCACCCCUUCAUUGAUGAAUUUAUUACUACUCUUGAAGCGGAUGGGGGGAUUUGUUAUACUCAUCCUCAACAUUUACCAGGUGUCAAGCAAGAUGGAAAUGCUUCCCAUUUUUUCCAUCGAGCAAUCAAGGCUUAUAAUACUGGCAGUCGAAAGCGUCGAAAAAUAUGUGAUCAGGAUUUUGGUGACGUCCGCUGGCACAAGACUGGAAGGACUAAACCUGUCAUCUUCAACGGGGUUCAAAAAGGCUGCAAAAAGAUUAUGGUCCUGUAUGUAAGCCUGGUGAGAGGAGGAAAAUCUGAAAAAACUAAUUGGGUCAUGCAUCAAUAUCAUCUAGGAACACAAGAGGAUGAAAAGGAUGGAGAGUAUGUUAUCUCUAAAGUUUUUUAUCAGCAGCUGCAAGUCAAAUUUGGUGAAAACGAUGACCAGGAUAUUCCUGAAAUUACUGAAGCAACUUUAUUGAAAGUGGAUCCAGUCACUCCCAAGUCUGUGACUCCUGAACCUCCUCGUAUUGAAAAGCAAUGUUCAAAUCUAGACCUAAAACUAAAAGAAGAAUCACGUCAUAUUCCUCAGCAUCCUCAGAUGGAUUGUAUAGAUGACCUUCAGGCUGAUUGUGAAGAUCUUGCAAAAGAUGAUCUAUUGGUGGUAGACACUCAAAAUAAUAAAGGGAUAGAUAAUAUAGAAAACAAUGCUGAGGAAGACUCAAAAUGGUGGGAUAGUGAGUCGCAGAAUCUGUUGAGUUCACAACAACUUGUGGAAGCAUUGUUCUUGUGUGAUGAUCUCCUUCAAAGCCAGUCUCCCAGCAGGGAUGGGGAAAAUGAACACAAGAAACGACCCAGUCUUUCUGUUUAUGCUCAUCUAGGACCGGAGCAUCUGAAGAAAGAUAUUGAAGAGUGCCAAAAUCUUGUCCUUGACACUACAAAUGUAGAGCCUGAGACAGUGCCAUCAGAAUUGCGACUAAGUCAGCUGGAUUUCAGUACACAAGAUAGUUUUAUUUCCUGGGGUGACUGCAAAGCAAUUGACUAAUAUGGUUCUUCACAUCAGAUGGAAUUAAAGAUUUUUGUAAUGUUUUUUUUGGAUAAAUUUUCAUUUUAGGAUCAUGGGUAAACUGAACUGUUACUUCUUUGCUUGACUGAUUGGGCUGUAAUGGUAGACAGUGAGCUUGUGUUUUGAUACUUUGUUCAACCAUGCUGAAUCAAUGCUUUGCUUUUGUUGUUGGUGAAAUUAUAGUCUGUCCCUUCUAGGUUCUCAGAUCUUGGAUGUAGACCUGACUUGCCUACAUGUAGACAGACACAUGUAUCUCACUCUGAAAGUUACAGAUACACGUGUAUGUUACUGUUACUGAACUUUUUAAA